AUGGCCAUAGCCCACCUGGCUACGGAGUACGUGUUCUCGGAUUUCCUGCUCAAGGAGCCCUCUGAGCCCAAAUUCAAGGGUUUGCGCUUGGAGCUGGCUGUGGAUAAGAUGGUCACUUGCAUCGCUGUGGGGCUCCCCCUGCUCCUCAUCUCGCUGGCCUUCGCUCAGGAGAUCUCCAUCGGUACACAGAUAAGUUGCUUCUCUCCCACUUCCUUCUCCUGGCGCCAGGCUGCUUUUGUGGACUCCUACUGCUGGGCAGCAGUUCAGCAAAGGCAUCCAUUGAACAGUGAUUCAGGAAACCUCCCUUUGUGUCUCCACAAGUUUUUCCCUUACAUUUUGUUGCUGCUCGCCAUCCUAUUGUACUUGCCUACUUUGUUCUGGCGUUUCACUGCAGCCCCUCACCUUUGUUCAGAUAUGAAGUUUAUUAUGGAGGAACUUGACAAAGUUUACAACCGCGCCAUUAAAGCUGUGAAGAGUGUCCGCGGUGUCGACGUGAGAGAUGGUGCCAGCCCAUUUGUGGCUGCAAUGAAUGAGAAUAUUGGGCAAAGUCUCUGGGAAAUAUCUGAAAGCCAUUUCAAAUAUCCAAUAGUAGAACAGUACUUGAAGACAAAAAAGAAGUCGAAGAAUUUAAUAGUCAAGUACCUCAUCUGCCGGGCUGUGACUUUCACGAUUAUACUGCUGGCCUGUGCCUACCUGGGAUAUUACUUCAGCCUUUCCUCCUUAUCUGAUGAGUUUGUCUGUAGCAUCAAGUCAGGAAUCUUGAAGAAUGACAGCACGGUUCCUGAGCAAUUUCAGUGUAAGCUCAUUGCAGUUGGGAUUUUCCAGCUUCUCAGCUUCAUUAACUUGGUGGUUUAUACUCUUCUGGUGCCUGUGGUCGUGUACACGUUCUUCGUGCCCUUCAGGCAAAAGACUGAUGUUCUCAAAGUCUACGAAAUCCUGCCCACCUUUGACAUUCUGCACUUCAAGUCAGAAGAAUACAAUGACUUGAGCCUCUACUAUCUUUUUCUGGAAGAAAAUAUAAGUGAACUUAAGUCCUAUAAGUGUCUUAAAGUCCUGGAGAACAUUAAAAGGAACAGUCAAGGGAUUGAUCCCAUGCUACUUCUGUCCAACCUUGGGAUGAUCAAGACUGAUGUCAUAGAUGGUAAAACUACCAAGCCUGCACAGAAAAUGGGAGCAGAACCUGGGAAUGAUGCAACAGAGCUCAAGGUUUUGACAGAUCAAGAUAUAAGUGAUGACGCCAAAGCAGAUAAUGAAGAGAAGAAAAUUCGCCAGAGACUUCUAGAGUCUUCACAAUGA